UGUGAUUAGCUGAUCUUGGGUGGCUGCUGAUGGUUAAAUCUAUCCAUCUCGGUUAGCCAAUGGAGUCUUAGAAAACCGUGGAUAUGAUAUUCACUUCCAGCAUUAACUUUAGUUUUGAUGUUUCCUUGGAUUACAAAAAGAUAUGAUUACCCCCAAAGCUAAAUCACAAGGAUCGAUGCACGCCCUUACGGGUAGAAAAUAGGUUAUGAAGGUGGGACUUAAACCAUUACAUCGCAAAUUAUCGUCAAUUGCACCCCAUUAAACACCACGUAGCCGGCGCGCGGCUGAAGGCGAGAGGAUAGCGGCCAAACGACGCUGGUGGUUUGGAAGGCAGCAGGCACCGUAUGCGAUGCCUCGAGUCACUAGUCCAAAACUACUGCAACCACCCGCAGAAACUCCCCCAAAUCCACACCCUUCUCAUCACCACCGGAUUCUUUCUCUCCACACCACCUUCAGACUCCCAACCAAGAUGCCAAGGAAGCACCAACACCACCUUCGUCUACAACUGCCUCAUAAGAGCCUACCUCCGCCGCGGGGACCCGCCCGCCGCCGCCCUCCGCCUCUUCGCCCACAUGCUCGAGCACGGGACUCCACCCAACCACCACACCUUCCCCUCCCUCCUCAAGGCCGCCGCCGCCUUCUCCUUCUUCACCGGCCGCGCCAUCCACGCGCAAGCCAUCCGCCGCGGCCUCCUUCUCGACGACUUCGUCAACUGCUCCAUCGUCAGGUUCUACGCCAAACUCGGCCACCUCUCGGAGGCCCGCAACACGUUCGACGAAAUCCCUCAACCAGACUUGGCGUCCUGCAACGCGAUGCUCGACGCCCUCUGCCUGAACGGCGACCUGGAGUCCGCUUCCCAUUUAUUCGAAUGCAUGAUUGUUAAAGAUGUUAUCUCCUGGACCAGCCUCAUCAACGGGUUCGCUAGAAAUGGAAAUUUCCGAGGGGCGAUUGAGUUGCUCAGAAGACUGAUGCAUAAGAAUUGGCAGGCAGAGACUGUAACAGUGAGGCCCAAUGAAGCCACAUUGGUCUCCGUCCUCUUUGCGUGCGCUAAUAUGGACGGAGCCGGAGCUCUGCCUGGAGGAACCCAGAUCCAUGGGUACGUCAUCCGACACGAGACCCGAAUGACGGCGUUCUUGGGGACGGCACUGAUUGACAUGUACGGCAAGCACGGACGUUUGAGUUACUGCACCAAUGUUUUCGCUGCGAUGGAUGAGAAGGAAGUAUGCACUUGGAAUGCUAUGAUAUCGGCAUUGGCCAGCAACGGGAAUGAGACCGUGGCUUUGGGUUUACUCGACAGGAUGAGAGCUGAAGGCCUGCGGCCUAACCACAUCACUUUUGUUGCCAUAUUGACAGCUUGUGCUCGGGCGAGGCUGGUCGACGCGGGGUUAAGGUGGUUUGAAGCAAUGAACAGUGAAUUCGGGGUGGCUCCAUUGAUGGAGCACUACGGUUGCGUGGUGGACCUUUUAAGCAGGGCAGGCCUCUUAAACGAGGCAGUCGAAUUCAUUAGGAGGAUGCCGGUCGAGGCUGAUGCUUCGGUCUGGGGGGCUCUUCUAGGGGCUUGCAAGGUUCAUGGUGACGUGCAGCUGGGGACUCAGGUCGGUCGGCGAAUGAUAACAUUGCAACCUUGGCAUUCCGGGGUGUAUACAGUCUUGAGGAAUAUAUAUGCUGGGGAAGGGAGAUGGAAUGAGGCUGAAGAGCUGAGACAGGCCAUGGAAAACGCAGGGGUCAAGAAGAUUGUAGGACAAAGUUGGAUCGAUUCUGGCUGCAGGGUUCAAAAUGUUUCGGCAGAUAUUAGUUUGCUACGUUAUUGGAGAAUGUUUCAGAAAAUUGUUUAGUCUAUGCCCGACGUACCUAUCUGCCUUAUUGUUCACAGAGCCAGGAUGCCAUGCCGAUUUCCCUCCAAAGAACAGAAGAAAGAGGUAGCCUGGGUCAAGGAUGGCAAGUUGGGUCUCUCUCUCUCGGACUCGGCAAUUGAACUGGUACUUGGGAACAUGUUGACGCUGUAUUGCUCCUUAUGGACAUCGGUAUGGUUGUCAAAUGGAGCCCCCGAACCUCCAUCCAAACCUUAGCCAGAUAUUCCUACCAUUAGCGAGCUCGCACGUCAGGAAAAGGACUACCUUCUGUUUGGGCCUUGGUUUCGUGAAUGAUUUGAAGUUGCCGAAUAAUAUUCUUGUUCUGCUCGUAUACGGUGUGUUGUUCACUUGCAAUUGAUUUGAAUGUGUCAUUUCCUUCCAAUUCAAUGAUAAACAAAAACGCAGGCUCGGCCAACCAUUCUCUAUA